GAAGCUUAGGCUGUAAUUCGUAUUAUGAUAGGUUGUGAAAGUGGAAAGUACCUCCUCGGAAAUCCCCCAUUUGGCAUUUCCUUAUUGACAUCAAUGUCUUCUGGGCUCGCUUAAAUCCUACACUGUGUUUUUCUACGCCUUGAAUGUGCGCUUGAUGAAAGAGGCUACGUUAGGUUUGAAGGCGCCAUGGAGCACUAGGCUACUCGGGGCUACACUGAUUCAAGCAGCAGGCGGUGGAGGACCGGAGCAUCUUAUGGGCUUUGUUGGCGGAUACCGACAUAUUGAACAGAGCUAAACUGGUUUCCCGCUCCUUUCCCAGAGAGAACACAAUGUCACAGGGCCAAAACUUCCUGCCUAAGUUCCUGUUCGUGAGUAACCUCCUGAAGGCCAUGAAGAUCCGUGAGCGAGUGCCCCACGAUGUCGUAAAGCCAUCAGCUGGUGGUGGUGUGCUUCACCACCUUCGUGGCAUGCACCGCUACACGCUGGAAAUGAUCCGGAUGAGCCAGUUCCCGCAGGCCUUCCGUGAGAUCAUCCAGUCGGCCAUCUUGGACCGGGCUAUGCAGACCUCACUGGAGCAGGAGAAGAGGCUCAACUGGUGCUAUGAAGUCAAGAAGCUGGUGCCACUCCGAACAAAUGGUGAUGGGAAUUGCCUGCUUCAUGCAGCUUCACAGUACAUGCUGGGUGUGCAGGACACAGACCUGGUCCUGCGUAAGACCCUUUACGCCGUGCUCAAAGAAACAGAUACGAAUAAUUUCAGAGCACGCUUUCAAACAGAGCUGCUACACUCCCAGGAGUUCACCCAGACCGGCCUGCGCUACAGCACCAAGAACUGGGAAGAGGAAUGGGAGAAGAUAGUUGAUAUGGCGUCUCCUGUGACCAGCAGCAAUGGCUUACAGUUUGACUCCCUGGAAGACAUCCACAUUUUUGUGCUGUCAAAUAUCCUGCGCAGGCCGAUUAUUGUAAUUGCAGAUCAAGUGCUGAGAAGUAUGAAGUCUGGCUCCUCUUUUUCACCCCUCAAUGUAGGAGGCAUUUACCUGCCUCUUCACUGGCCUCCAGGAGAGUGCUACAAAUAUCCCAUAGUGCUCGGCUAUGACUCGCAACACUUUGCCCCCCUAAUCACAAUCAAAGACAGUGGGCCAGAAUUUCGAGCUCUACCAUUGAUCAAUCCAGGAAGGGGAGGCUUUGAAGAGCUGCGCAUCCACUUCCUGACAGAAAAGGAGCAGCAACAGAAGGAGCGGCUCUUAAAUGAAUAUCUGAUGCUCAUGGAGAUCCCAGUCAUUGGCGUGGGUUAUGAACCCACAAAGAUCAUCAGAGCAGCCCGCCUCGAUGAGGGCAAUCUGCCUGAAGACAUGAACUUGAUGGAAGACUAUAUGCAGCUGGUGAAUCACGAGUACAAGCGGUGGCAGGAGGACAAAGAUGCAAUGUGGGCUCCAACAUCGCAGCAGGCACCACCACCCUUCUCCGUCUCGCAGUUGUCACUGAUAGAGAUUCGCUGCGCCACGCCGCGCUGCACCUUCUACGUCUCGGUGGACACACAGCCGCACUGCCACCAGUGCUUUGAAAAGCGCCGCGCCACUGGUAAACACGAGGCCGUCACCAGCCGUCCCAAUCGAACCAACCAUGCCAACGCGCCAUCCGAGCCAACGAUCCCGAGCCCGCGCUCAGCACCACCGACUGCACCGAGCCUGAGCCUGUACAGUGAGACACAUGCCAUGAAGUGCAAGACACCUGACUGUCUGUUCACGCUCAGUGUAGAGCAUGAUGGCUUGUGUGAACGCUGCUUUAAUGCCCGCCAGGCAGGUAACGGGCAGCCUCAGGGACCUGCCCAUGGCUGGGGACACACUCAAUGGGCACCGAACACCCGAGAUCGAGAAAAAAAUAGAGAAAGAGAUGCAGAGCACUGCAGCGCAUGUCGGCAGGAAGCCUCUCGGACAUUCAAUGGCCUUUGUCCACCCUGCAUGCAGAGGAGUGCUGUUGCCCAGCAGCAGGAGCCCAGAAUGGACAUGCCAGCAUGGGCUCCAUCCAGGGAUCCAGAGCGUCCUGGUACCACUGGGCACACAUGGCACACACAGACAGCACGCCAGUGCAAACGCUCGGGCUGCCAGUUCUUCGGCACCCACGAGAAGUUAGGAUUCUGUACCAUUUGCUAUGUGGACUAUCAGACCAAUCACCAGGGAGCUCCAGCAGUGGUGCAGCCCAGACAUACAUCAGAGGCAGGUUUUCAGAACGUACGGUGUCGUGGGCAGGGCUGUGGCGCUGUGGGCAAAGCCAUGCUCGAGGGCUACUGCAACAAGUGCUACGUGAAGGAGCAGAGCACCAGACUUAAUGAAGCUGCUAGCAGAGGCUCCACUUCUCCUCCAGUCUUGCGAGCGCCCAAAUCACGUCCGAUGGCGACACUUAGCCAGGCCCAGUGCCGACGCAGCGGCUGUAAGAACGUAUCACCUGGCUGCACGGACUUGUGCCCAGACUGCCUGAACCGUGGCGGUCAGCGCGAGGGCCGUCGUGCCCACGCACCAAAGGAGAAGAGCAAGCAGCGUUGCAGGACACAAGGCUGCGAUCAUUAUGCCAACCAGGAAAAACAAGGCUACUGCAACGAGUGUGACCACUUCAAGCAGAUAUACCGGGGCUGAUGCUACCAUGUUCCUUUUUUUCUAAAGAGGGGACUAGAAUCUUUGCACGCUGAUGUGUGCCAAACCUCUCCUACACGGAAUUCCCACAGCUAACUGAGCCACCUGUUUUUGGGUGCCAGCAGCGGUGUAACACUGGCGAUUUACCUCUCAAGCAAGGUUUUGAUCAUUUUUCUAUGUGAAUAAGACCGAGAUGGGACUGUUGAUAUAAAGAAACUGAUGAUACACUGGCAUCCAGUUGCAUCCAUCUGUGCUAUCUGUGAUUUAUAUCAAACAGGGUAAUAAGAUUGUAAUCAGUUUGUACAUUGCUGGAAAAACAAACAAAAAAAAAAUUGAGGAGGGGAGGGGGAGCAUCUUCGAAACAUUUCUUUCAAAUUGUGAACUAAACAAAAAAAAAAAAACAGUGAAAAUUUGACCAAAGUAACUUCCAGAAUAAUUCUGACCAAGUUGAUGUACAUUGCCACUGCAGACUGCAGUAAGCCAGUGGGGCCUGUAAAAAAUAAAAAUAAAAAAAAAAAUAAAAAAAUACAGGAGCCACAGCUACAGGGUUUCAGAGGCCUCAGAAAAACCAGUUUAUUUCUUACAAUGUAGGUUAAGUGCCAAUGAGUGUUUGCAAAGCAGAGCUCCAGUUUUAUUUUCUGCUGCACCAUUUGAUGUCUGCUGCCAAAAUGAACCUGUUGCCUUUUGAGAUUUUAUUUAUUUAUUUAAUUUUUGGGUUUUAUUGUCAUCGCUCACUUUUCUUUUUUUUUUUUCUUUUUUUGGCCUGCUCGUGCUUGAAAACGAUUACACACCCGAUUUCGCCUUGCUCUGGACUUCGUUUGGUCUGUUUACGUUUCCUAGCUAUGGCACUAGGUGAUGUUGGAUGCAUUCUAACAUUUUCCCGUAGCUAAGAGGGAAAAAAAAAAAAAAGAAGAAGAAUUAUUUCCGAAGUGCAAUAAAAACAGGUUCUCUCCAUCACACCUUAACAAACCACACAAACACUCGCUUGUGAAGAGAAUCGCCACAUCAAAGUGUCAACAAGGAAGAGCCGUGCAUGCAGUGACAGGAUAGACUCCUUUUAUUUAAAAAACAAAAAAACAAAAAAAAAAAUUACAACCACACAAAUCCGAAAGUAAACACACCCGUGUGUUGUGUACAUCCUCUUUUAGAAUCGUGAGUACUUAGUUUUAUCUGCAUUUUUUUUUUUUUUUUUUUUUUCUUUUCUUUUCUACAAAGGAGCUUCUUUCCCUUAGCUUUUACUUCUGCUACAUUCACAUGAUGCCUCUCUUGCAUACAGCUGGUAUGCGGAAAAACAAAACGACAAAAAAAAAAAAAACAACAACAACAAAA